AUGGACGCUGCGGAGGCGGCGCGCUCCGGCGGCCGCAUGGGCGGCUCCAGCCGCGGCUUUGCUGCCCGACCGCCGCCCCGGGCGGCUGUGCCUAGGGGUGGCACGGCCAGGGGAAGUGCGGGACCGCGCAUCUCUAUUGGGAUGCUGGGUGGCAUAGAGGCCAACAAACCAUCAAGGAUUGGAGCACCGAUGAUUUCGCCAUUCGGCUACGCACCUCUGAGUCCGUUCAGCCCUUUUGGCUAUGGUGGCUUUGGGUUGGGGGUGCCUGUGCCCUUGGGCCCAGUGGGGCCGUCUGUGAAUGAUCAGAUGCUUCAGAAGCAGCAAGCGCAGGAUGAACGGAAGAUUGAUGAGCAGAAGCAGGAGAUCGCAGCGCUGAAGAAGGAAUUGGAGGACUUGAAGUUGAAGAAGUAG